AUGACCAUUGACAUCAAAUGGCAUCCCCCUCAAAAGGGGUGGUACAAACUCAACGUUGAUGGUGCGCAUGAUAACCUCAAAAGUGGCAUAGGUGGAGUCUUCCGAAGUUGCAGUGGGAAGUGGAUUAUUGGCUUCCAAAAGAAAACCAAUGCCAUAUAUCCUCUACACGCUGAAUUACAGUCACUCCAGGAAGGCCUCAAAUUAGCUCAUAGAUUCAUGCUGUUUCCAUUAGAAAUUGAAACAGAUUCAACAGACGUCAUCAAAGCCAUUGAAAAUGGCCAUGCUACUCUAAAUAACGUAAUCUUUUUUUGCAGGUCAUUAAUGUUCCAGCUGAAGGACCUAGUACUGAGGCAUAACUUCAGAGAACGCAAUAGGGUGACGGAUGCACUAGCAAAAGAUGCAAAAAACGAGGACGACAGCAAAAAUAUGCAUGAAGAAGUUAAAGUAUUAGUGUCACCACCAGUUUUUGUAGAAAAAACGCUUGCAAAUGAUAUGAGUGGGGAUCCUAUUUUCUCUAAGAAUGUAUCUAGUAGUAUCUGCAUUAAUGCAGAAAUUGAGGAAGGAGAUGGACCUUCUGAUAUUCCUUUAGAAAUGCAAGGCAAGUCUUCUACAAAUAUGGAUGCGUUGUGUGAUAGACGUAGAGAUGAAAUUGUUGAGAAAUAUUAUCAUGUGUGA